AUGUUAAUUGCUCUUAGCACCAAAAACAAGAUCGAGUUCGUCCUUAGCAAUGUUCGUCCACCUGACAAAGAAAAGUCGGAGCAUGCUUGGAAUCACAAAAAUAAUAUGGUUGUCUCACAGAUCAUCCACUAUGUUUCCAUGUCCAUCAGACAAAGCAUCAUAUGGAUGAGCAAAGCCGCAGAGAUCUGGAUCGAUCUAAAGAAUAAAUUUUCUCAAGGAAGUCUCUCUCGGAUUUCUAGCCUUCAACUUGACAUUGCAACCCUUUGUCAAGAUGACCUUACCAUUUUUAGGUAUUUUACUAAACUUCGUGUUCUUUGGGACGAGAUCGAAAAUUUUCGUCCUAAACCCCCUUGCACCUGUAAACCCGAGCGUGGUUGUCAAGUCCUGACUGUUGUGAAACAAAGGAAGCAAGAAGACCAAGUUAUGCAAUUUUUACGGGGACUAAAUGAUCAAUUUACUAAUGUUACCACACGCGUGCUUCUCUUGGACCCUAUUCUGGACAUCACUAAGCUUUUUUCCUUGUUGGCACAACAAGAAAGACAAUUGUCCAAUGGAAAUAUGAUUGCUAUGAUCAAGACUCAGGACACUGAUACUGUCAUCGCUUGCGUCACUUCCACCUCUUCCACCGUUUGUAAUUAUUGUGGAAAGUAUGGGCACAGUGAAGCUGUCUACUACUGCAAGAAUGGCUUCCCUAAUCAAGACAAAGGAUUCAAAAGCACACCAAUUGGCAGAAAACAUCGCACUCAUUGCAACAAAACCGGUAAUACGGUUGAGGUUUGCUAUAAGAAGCAUGACUAUCAUAAGCUCUAUAACAAGCAUGCCCAGAUUCAACAUACGUCUGCUCAAGAAGACAAUGCGAAUGUGAAAGAUAACAAUUAUGAUAAUGUUGAUGACAUACGCCUCACACCUCAACAAUUUCAAGUUCUUGCAGAGCUCUUUAAAAACCACAAUUUAAAUGGUGCCUCUACUUCUACUCAAAUCCAUCACAUUGGUUCUGCUUCGGCCAACCAACCUUUUCUAUGUAAUAUUAGUCCCACUCUUACUUCUAACUAUACUAAAAACAAUUGGAUUCUUGAUUCUGGAGCAAUAGACCAUAUAAGUAUUUCUCUACGAAACUUUUCAUCCUAUAAAAGAAUCAAACCUAUUCCAAUUGCUUUACCAAAUGGAAAAAUGUUUGAUGCAAGGGAUGUUCCUAGCAUUUUCCUUGGUUUCCAACAACACAUCAAAGGUUAUCAGUUCCUUAACUUGCAAAACCAUAAGAUUGAUAUAUCUCGCAACGUGCUAUUUUAUGAAAAUUGUUUUCUUUAUACUUCUCAAUCUCUCAAUAAUUCUGGUUCUAACUCUCUUUCUUUGAUUAUUCCUCAUAAUUAUAGUCAUAACUAUGAUGAUAUUAAUUUUCCUAGUAAUAAUGUUUAUGCGCUUGCUGCUACUGAUACUAAUGUUGCUAGUGAUAUUGUCACCAGUACCAAUGACACCACAAGCAUUACCAACACUGUUGAUCCUCCCCUAGCUAACACAUACAAUAGUGAUGUAUCCAAUAUAGAUGAGCAUGUUGACACCGUUAGGCGUUCCACUAGGCCCAAACGUCCUCCUACAUAUCUUACAGAUUUUCAAACUAAUAACAUUAGUAGAUAUCCUAUUACUAAUUUUCUUUCUUAUGACAAUUUAUCCUCUGAUUUCAGAUCUAAUGCUGAUCAUUCCCUUUUCUUGAAACAUGAUACUUGCUACACCACUACCAUCUUAAUCUACUUUGAUGACAUUGUUCUUGGGGGCAACAACGCCACUGAGAUACAACAUAUCACUAGUUCCCUUGAUAUCCUUUUCCACAUAAAAAAAUUGGGUGAUCCCUCCUACUUUCUCGAGUUGGAAGUUACUCAGAACAGUUCUGGAAUCCACCUUAGCCAACACAAGUACACCCUUGACCUCCUUACAGAAGCUGGAAUGCUCUAUUGUGCCCCUAUGCCCACUCCUAUGGCACACUCUUCAAGUCUUACUAGUCAAGGUGACCUCCUCAAUGAUGAAGAUGUCUCCUCCUUCCGAAGACUUAUUGGCCGCCUCAUAAAUCUCACAAAUACCAAACCCGACAUCACUUUCUCUGUUAAUAAUCUCAACCAAUUUGUUUCCUCUCCUACCACCCUACAUCAACAAGCUGCCCAUUGA